UAAAUCUUAAUCUGUGACAUAACCGUAAAACGUAAACAAUAAUAAAUAAAAUAAUAUAUUUUGUAUUUAAAUUAAGAGAAUAUUACUAAACUAAUAAGUAAAUAUGUCAGAUAACGAAGUCGAAGUGCCGUCCACAUUUAAAAGACGCAAUUUUAAAAAUAGAGGCGGCAGGCAACGGAAACAAUCAAGCUCAGAAGAAAAGAAUAGUUCGGACUCAGAUGAGCCUACAGUGGUGUUGCCAAGUAAAAGACAACACAAAGCCAACCCCAACAUCCAGUCUACAGGGACCAAGAGACAUAAAGUUGACCUUAGCAACAGUGAGGACAGCAGCGAUGGGGAAAAGAGUAAGCCAAACAUGACACUAUCAGUACAACAGCAGAGAGAAAAUGCCACUUCUACGUAUGAAAUGGACACACAAGUGGACAGAGACGCUCAGGCCAUAUUUGAGAAGGCACAGAAGAUUAACGAAGAACUACUAGGACAGGCUGAUGAUAAGGUCUACAGAGGUAUAAACAACUAUGCGCAGUACUACAAGAAGAGAGACACCGCAGCGGGCAAUGCCAGCUCAGGGCUCGUUAGGAAGGGCCCUAUUAGGGCUCCUGCUAACUUGAGAGCUACUGUGAGAUGGGACUACCAACCUGACAUUUGUAAGGACUACAAAGAAACAGGCUUCUGUGGUUUUGGAGAUUCCUGUAAAUUCCUCCACGACAGAUCGGACUAUAAGCACGGGUGGCAGUUAGAGAGGGAGGAGACCCACCCCAGCCACGAGGGGGGUAAGGGGGACUCUGACUAUGAGAUACACAGUGAUGAGGAGUUGCCCUUCAAGUGUUUCAUAUGCAGAAACAGUUUCAAGGACCCCGUGGUCACUAGAUGUAAGCACUACUUCUGCGAGAAAUGUGCUUUGGCCAACUACAAGAAGUCGACGCGCUGUUUUAUCUGCAACGCCCAGACCAGCGGCGUGUUCAACCCGGCGCACGAGCUGCAGGCCAAGAUCAGCGCGAGGGGUGAUGAUGAUGAUGAUGACGACGACGAUGAUGAUGAUUAAAUUAUUGUUUCUAA